AUGGCCAAGUCGAGCUUGCUGUCAGCUGUCAUGCUGGUCGCCUUCCUGGGCUCCUCCCUCUCCUUCGUGGGCCUGCGCGCGGCGCCCCGCCAGGAGAGCCGCACGGCUCUGAGGGGACAAGCCGGUGCCUCCGCCACCCCGUGGACACCAGUCCUCACCCGCGACGUGGUGGAGAUCGAGUUUACCGCUCCUGCACAGGGUGCCCGAUGCCGCUUCAUGAUCAAGGCUGACGCAGAUGCCAGCGAGGUGCUGUCAGAGGGCCGAAAGAGGCUGGGCUUCAACCAGGAAUGGAUGCCGGACUCCGACUUCAAGAUCUACAACUCCGAAGACGAGGAAGCCGGUCCCCUUAAGGGCAAGAUGAAGGACAACGGCCUCAUUGACUUCACCUACGAGGUCCACCUGUACUACGAGCCUCAGUAUACCGGCAUCUCCCAGACCCGUGACCCGCUCCCUCCUAUCGCCAUGGCCAAGUCGAGCUUGCUGUCAGCUGUCAUGCUGGUCGCCUUCCUGGGCUCCUCCCUCUCCUUCGUGGGCCUGCGCGCGGCGCCCCGCCAGGAGAGCCGCACGGCUCUGAGGGGACAAGCCGGUGCCUCCGCCACCCCGUGGACACCAGUCCUCACCCGCGACGUGGUGGAGAUCGAGUUCACUGCUCCGGCACAGGGCGCACGCUGCCGCUUCAUGAUCAAGGCUGAUGCAGAUGCGAGCGAGGUGCUUUCCGAGGGCCGCAAGAGGCUGGGCUUCAACCAGGAAUGGAUGCCGGACUCCGACUUCAAGAUCUACAACUCCGAGGACGAAGAAGCCGGCCCUCUGAAGGGCAAGAUGAAGGACAACGGCCUCAUUGACUUCACCUACGAGGUCCACCUCUACUACGAGCCUCAGUGA